GCCACUUCCACUCUCGGUAUAAAACUUGUUUUAGAUUCCAAAAUUUCCGAAAAUUAAUUAAUUGUUAACACCACAAAGUUCCCCAAAACUCCACGAACCCUCGCAACAACAAAAUCCCCCAAUUUCUCUCUCCUAAAUUUCAUGUCCAUCUUGCCCUCUCAACAUCAAGGUUCAGCAUCAUCUUCUUCAUCUAUACCUUCCCAAAACCCUAAUUUCAAUCAUGGAUUCUCCGUUUCAGAACAUCCACACAUAUCUGCUUCAUCUCCACCGCCCCUUGACUCGAUCCGGAUCUCCGACCCUGCAUCCGAGUCUCUUUCUGGUUCAGUGGUUGAAACAGCACCGAAUUUUACCGGAUCUUCCGGAAAGGUGAUCGGGUGUGGGAGUUCAAACGAUAAGAUGUCAUGUGCUCAUAGCGUCAACAGUAGAGUUCAAUCUCAAUCUAUUCCUCAAGGAAUUGGAUCUUCCCAGUUUAGUGGGGAGGUUUCUGGUUCACCCCCAAAUGGUAGGACAAGUGGUUCUGCGCGAAGAAAGUAUCAAACGGUGAGUGGUAAUCACUUGUUAAAUUUCCAAUACAAUACAAUCUCUCGUCCUCAACCAAGGGCUCCUCCAAAAAGGCCUCAAAAGGUUAAGCCAUACAACAAGGAUCUUUUCAUUCAGGCCAACUACAAAUUUGUUGUAUUAGAUACUGGGAGCUAUACUGUGGAAUCUAUGGAUCCUGAUAAAUUGCUGCAAUGGGAGGAUAUAAUAUGUGUGAGAUACUCAACUCCACACCCUAUUCAAUGUCCAAUUUGUUUGGAUACCCCUCUAUGCCCACAGAUUACCUCUUGUGGACAUAUAUUUUGUUUUCCUUGUAUUUUGCAGUAUUUACUGAUGGGUAAAGAGAAUCAUAAAGCAGAAUGCUGGAGAAAGUGCCCACUCUGUUUUAUGAUGAUAUCUUCUCGGGAUUUGUAUACUAUAUAUAUUGAAAAUGUUAGGGAGCACAAUAUCGGGGAUGAGUUAGAAUUUAUGCUUUUAACUCGGAGGAAGGACUCAUUUUCUCUGCAUGAGAAGCUCAAAGGAGGGAUGAGUACGAAUUCAUGCAAUUCCUAUUCAAAGUUCCUACUUACUUUGGACGUGGAUCUCUCAGUUAGAGAAGCAAUUUCAGCACUGGAUAGUUGGCUUGUACGAGCUGACGCUGGGCUAGUUGAUGACCUUGAGAAGCUUCCAUAUGUUUGUGCUGCUAUGGAGCAGUUGAAACAAAGAAAAAAAUAUUGGAAUGCUCGUCGAAAUAUUGGAGGCCGAAAACCUUGUGAAAAUAAUGAUAGUGAGACUGCCAACGUAUAUCCUAGCUGCAAAGCAGCUGAGCCUGGAAUUGGUACUUUGUCUCCUAUUAUGCAUAAUUCGAAGGGAAUAGACAAUGUAAUGGCAGAUGUUGUGCAUGGAGGUGCAUGUUUAAUUCAGUCUUCGGACAUUGAUGAAUAUCUGGGAGGAAAUGAUGGGUCUUUGUCGUCUUCUUUUGAUGAAAACAAGACCUCACAACUUCCGGUUGAUGCCUCUGGAGAUUCGAAGGAGAGGGAGUCAUACAAUUUCUACCAGGCAGUUGAUGGACAGCCUAUUAUUCUUCAUCCGCUAAAUCUGAAGUGUCUUUUGCACCAUUAUGGCAGCUAUGAUCUGCUUCCUGAAAGAGUUAGUGGAAAAAUUUUACAGCUGGAGUCUGUUACCCAGUCAGAGGCUAUGAGGAGGCGUUACCGUUGUGUGAGCCAUUUUUCUUUGACGACCACAUUCCAGCUAUGUGAAAUUGACUUAAGAAAUAUUGUGCCUGCUGAAGCCUUGACCCCUUUCAUUGAUGAAAUAAAGAAACGUGAAAAGCAGAGAAAGAAGCUGGCUAAAAAGGAACACGAGGAUAAACUCAAAGCUGAAUCUGUUCCUGCAUAUUCUCUGCCAGUUGCAUAUAACUACGUACAAGCUUCCUUUGGCAGCCCACCUACUUUCUCUAUGGAUGAAUUUGAAGCUCUUGGAAGUUCUGCCACAACAGUAGCAUCAAGCCCUCCCAUUGAAGGACGACAAUUGUUUUCAAGUGUUGCACGGCUGGGAUUUGCAGCGGGAUGCGAUUCUCCUUCCUUGAAUAUUCAAGAUGCUGCUCCUGAGGCUAAUUCCGGAAGAUCGAGUUCUUCUGGUUGUCAAAAUGGGUCAACAAAUGAAGGUGUUCGCUCAUUUGCAAAUGUAAUAUCCCGAGAGAAAUCAUCAGAGAAUGUAGAUACUCGCAAGGCAAAUGAAAUGACCAAGAAGGGAAAGAAACCAAGUCGAGUGCUCUUAUCAACUGCUUGUGGUCGUCGAUAUUAGAAAGUACUUCCUCCUUUUCUUCGUAUGUACUGGAUAUCGCCAUAUUGGGUUCUAGUUUAGUGUUAAGUAUAAAAUCGGGGAAAUAAAAGAAAACGCAAGGUCAUGUAGAAAUACACCCCAUCUAUAUGAAUCCAACGGAAACUUUUGUAAUGUGUUUGAUGUGAGAAUGUUACAAUGAUUUCUGAUUAUCAAUGCGUGCCUAAAAGCUACAAUGGAAUCA